UGGACGAGAACGGUGCCUCUGUGCUGAGGGCCCACGACUGGUGUGGGCGCGACCCUUGGCCUGGCGCUGGGCCCCUUGGAUGCCUUCACUCACUUCACCAACCAGACCCAAGGCCAGGACCGACUCUUCAGAACCACUCAGUACACAUGCAUGUUGCUUAGAUAUUUGUUAGAGCCUGGACCUGGCAAAGAGAAGGUGGUAAUGAAGCUCAAGAAAUUGAAGUCCAGUGUAAGCACUGACUGUAAAUGGUUCAGACUAGGAAAUGUGGUAUAUGCUAUACAGGCAACUCAGCAGAGCAUUCAUGCCACUGACCUGGUACCCUGCUUAUGCCUAACAUUAGCUAACUUAAAACCAUGUAGUUUAUUUCAUCUAUGACACCAUCCUCUGGACGAAAAUCGUAGGGCUUGCCUUUGGCAUCAACGAAGAGAAAUGGCAAAUGUGGGCUGCCCACCACUAGUAUUAUUUUCUCUUGCUGAGCCUGGUCAGAGAUCUCUAUGAAAUCUCCCUGCAGAUGGAACAGGUUGCACACGACAGGGCAAAGAAGGAGAAGUCACCAUUCCAGAAUCCUCCUGGGCACAGUGUGGCAGAUGAGGAAACAGAAUGGUUCCAGUCCUUUCUCCUUCUCUUAUUCCGAUCCCUGAAGAACCAUCCUCCCUUGCUCCUGGACAUUGUGAAGAACCUUGGUGAUAUUGUGAACCCUCUGAGCCAGCCGGGGAUCUAUAAGUCCAAUUCUGGCACCAUUAGACUUGGAGGUCUUAUGUCCUCUAUAGCAGGCAUCAGCAUUGUGGCAUAUCCUCAGAUGAGACUGAAGACCCACUAAGGCAGGAUGAGCACCUGCUUAAAAAAGUGACUGUCAUGGAUUGAAUUAUGUCCCC